GUGCGAGGUUGAUUAAAAAUGGCGGAUUGUUUGCCUAGAAGUUCACAGUUUGCUUUUAGGCGGUAAACAUGAGUUAAAUGUAAUAGCAGUUGAGUUUAAAAUCUACGGAAAAUCGACAUAGUAGCUUUUUUUCAAAUUCAGCCAUGUCCGUGUCAAGUGGUCCAUUACCAAAGUUACAACAUGCCAAGUUUGAGGAAUUUGAUCCAGAUGAGAUAAGUGUUCAGUAUAAAAGUGGAGCUAUUUUUAAAGGAACCGUAUGUGACCAUAGACGUGAAGGUUCUGGGAAGUUUACAUGGCCUAAUGGGGCCCAGUAUGAAGGAGAGUACCAGGACAAUCUCAGAAAUGGAAAAGGACUACAAGUAUGGCAGGAUGGUAGCCAGUAUGAUGGGGAUUUUGUCAAUGAUAAACGACAUGGAGAAGGAGAAGUCAAAUGGUCCAAUAAUGAGUCAUACAAAGGACCAUUUUAUAAAGACAGAAGACAUGGUAAAGGAGUAUAUAAUUGGCCUGAUGGAUCCACUUAUACUGGCACGUUUUAUAUGGACAGAAAGGAAGGAUAUGGAGUGUUUAAAUUUGCCAAUGGCAAUAAAUUUGAGGGGUUAUAUAAAGAAGAUGAAAGAGAAGGACCUGGUGUCUUGACGUACCACGAUGGCAAACAGGAUGUAGGUCUAUGGAAAGGAGAGAAACUUGUCAAAUUAUGUACUGCAAAUUCAGAUGCUUUUACAAUGGACAAUCAUAAAGAAUUAGACUUUAACCCAGAAGAACAUGUAAUGUAUUUGAAUACAGAUGAGCUAACAGAUAAUGCAGACACUGCUAGAUCUGAAGAUAUACUUGAACUUUUACCUGAUAGUCAAAUCACUGAAAGAGUUACAGAUCUUUAUUCUGAUUCGCUAGACCCUCGUAGUCUAGCAAUUAAUAGGGAGGAAUUCGAUAAAGAAUAUUUUAGGCAGUUAGGACAAGAGAAAAAUGACAAAAAUGAAAAAGUUCUAGCCUGGAAUAGAACACCAUCAGUUAUUAAUUUACAAAAACAUGUUCUGAAACAUAAAGGAAGUCAAAACACUGUGUCAUUUAAAGUAGAUCAAGUGCUUAAAGGUGAGAGGUCAAAGUUCAAAGUUUCAAAAGGUCCACUAGAAACUGCUUCAGAAGAGUUGUUAGGAGCUGCUGCAAAAGGAGAUCUACAGAAAGUUGAAGACUUAUUGACAGGGGGCAAAGUUCAUCCUGAUGUUGCUGACAACAGUGGACAUACAGCUCUCAUUGGAGCUGCUGUCAAUUGGCAAGUAGAUGUAAUUAAUUGUUUAUUAAAUCAUGGAGCUGAUGUGAAUAAAUUAAAUGGUGAAGGUUGUUCUGCAUUGUCAGCUGGAGCCAUAUUCUUCUAUCCAUUAGAAGGCUUUAGAUAUAACAUUGCAGAGAGAUAUCUAGAUAGACCUGCUGUUUAUGAAGAAAAAGACAGAAAGGCUGUUAAAUCUCAAAAAGGUAUCCUCGCUACAAAGAAGACACCAGGAAGCACUAAAUCUACACCAGCUCCACCUAAACAAAAAGGAAGAGAAUCUCCUGCCAUUAGUACAGAUAAAAAGGUUGUUCCCUCAGGUACCAGUCUUAUCAGUGCUGACAGCGGCUUUGCACAGAAUGAUAGUAACCAGAAUCUCUCUGGUAAACAACAAGUUAGAAUUGUUGAACCAGAAGUUAAUGGUUCAAAAGAAAAUAUAAAAGAAAAUGACAGUGAUUCAGUUUUAGGGGAUGCCAGUAAGGAAGUGAAGUUUUCUUUAUCUGGUGAGGACCAUAAGACAGAAGAGAGUGAAUUUGAGUCUGUUGCUACACUAAGGGACUUUGAAAUAGAAGUGUCUGAACAGUUGUUAGAAAGAUGUGCUACUCAGCUGAGUACAAAUGAGAAGAUUGUUGGUGGCAGACGUUCCCGUGACAGUGCAAUGUUGGGAACAGUUAGACAUAUGGCUGUUAUAAAAAAUGAGAAAGAGAGGAUGAAAGCUACUUUAGAUUUGUUAUUGAGAAGAGGUGCUGACCCUAAUGCCUCUGGUGUUCCCAUGCCUAUCUUGUUCUUUGCUAUAAAAUCAGCUGAUGUAGAAAUGGUGAAGACUUUAUUGUACAGAGGAGCUUCUACUGCCAUUACUCUUCCUAAGGAGAAAGGAGGGUUAGCUCCCUUACAUAUAGCCUGUGCAAUCCCUGGAGAUGAAGGUGUACAGAUCACAGAGUUAUUAUUACAUGCUGGUGCUGAACCAGAUGUCAGAGCUACUAUGGAUGAUUCAUUUCUUAACAGAAAUCUGGAAGAAGAAUGGAAUAAAGACACCAUAUCUCCUGAGAGUGAACUGUUACUGGGUGGUAGAACUCCAUUACAUAUAGCAUGUGCAAGGGAUGAUAAUUAUAAGAAUGCCUGUAAAGUUGUUCAUCUGCUUCUUGAGCACAAGGCCAAUCCAAACUUACUAUGUAAUGGAUUCUCUCCCCUUGCCCUAGCUAUUGCUAGUGGUAAUGAUCAGGCAAUAGAUGUUUUAUUGGCAUUCCUUGCUGAUCCUAGUUUAGUUCUGACUCAUGGUGUUGGAAGUGCUCUCUGUGUUGCAGCUUCUACUGAGUAUGAGUAUAGAAGACCUAUAACUACAAGACUUGCAUUGAUUGAUAAACUAGUUAAAACUGGUGGCAAUAUAUUAGCUCCAAUACCAAUAGGACCCAAGAGGAUCAUGGGAACUGCUGUAGACUAUGCUUACUAUAUGUUUAAUCAGGACAGAAGAAUAGCCCACAUGCCUUACCAUGCACUAACACAUGCCGAAAGAGACACAUACAAUGCCAGGAAAAAGCUAUUGGAACAUCUUGGUGAUAUACUGAGGACCAAGGCUGUAGAGAGAGAAAGAUUCAGAUUGGAAGAUGAUAAUAGUCAGGGAAUUAGAAGUAGAAGUCCUAGUCCUAACUUUGUCUACACUGGAGCAGGAGCCGAACUACCUCCAGGCCACCGAAAAUCUAGGUCACCAAAAUCUCCGAAGUCACCAUCAAAAUCACCUGAUAUGACAGGGGAAAGUAAAGUCAAAUUUGAACCAUCAACAAAAAGUCCUCGCACUGUAGGGAGAGGUUACCCUGAGAAGGAGCCAGGAACAUUACCACCAAGAAAGCCACUGUUUAAAUACUGUUAUGAGUGUGGCCGAUCAGUAGGUGUCAGACUGUCAGCUUGUACUAGGUGUAAGGAAGUAUAUUACUGCAGUAAAGCCUGUAAAAUCCAUGCCUGGGACAAGAGACACAAACAGGAGUGUGUUAGAAUAGGAGAUUCUCUAAAAGAUCUUAAAGUCCAAAAAAAGUGGGAGAAAGCUGGCAAAAAUGUUGUGAAAAUGAUAAAUGCUGUGAAAUUACUAAGGAGAUCCAGAAGUCCUAGCCCAAAGAAUGGCAGAAAGGGAAAAUCAGACAGUCCGACUCCUAACACAGACCUUGGUAAAGGAAAACUCACUGUUAAUGACAUCAAUAAGGACAAAAAGGCAUUGAGGAUCAGCGUUCCCAAUAAAGGAUUAAGUACCAGUGCCAGAGGGAAACGAGAAGUUACAAUACUUGGGGUUGAUCCACGCAAAAUUAGAUCAGAAAAAGGUCAAAGAAGACGACCUAAUUACCCACCAUGGGUUUAUGUAGAUAAUUAUAGUUAUGUAUGAUUUGCAUUUUAUUUAAUUUAUUUUAAAUUUUUCAACAAAAAACAUUCUUGUACACAGUAUAGAGAUUUUUAAUAGAAAUUUAAUUAUACAAUUUAGAAAAUGUGCAAUGCUUGAAUGGUCAAUAAUUUUAACAGUACAGAUCAAUUUUUAGUUUGAUGCUUGCUAUCACAAAUGCAAUUUGAUAAAAUAUUAAUAUUCUGCUCAUUUCCCUGUGUUUAUGUUUGUAGAAUAAAUUUCAGGUACAACUUUUCUUCAGUAACAAAACACCAUGAUAAUCAAAUUAGAAGUAAAAUGUAUGAAGUUUUAGUUUUCUGUCUUAUGAAUAUUGAAAGUUAAUUUAGGAAUUGGUUGUGAUCUAAAAUAUCUUAUUUAGAGAAUAUAGAAAUAGGAUUGUAAUGUUUGUUUAUGCUGUUGUGUUUUUCUAUUUUCAUUUAUGUGCCAAAACAUUUUGUUCACUACAAAUUUAGAUUUUGAUAUACAUUUGUUUUUUAUUAUAGUGAACAACAAUUUAGGUUAGACUCCUUAUUUAUUUCACUUGAAUAUGUACAUCCAUUGUGUGACAUCUAUUACAAUAUCAAUAAGCAUGUUAUUUAGGGGCUGAUUUACACUUCAAGAGGUAAUCAAUGGUUUCCAUCAAGGGGAUGGUAUCAAUGAAUGAGUUUUCCAAUGUUAGAUUUACAUAGAUACUAAAUGAACCGCGCAAUACUGUGAUUUUACUUGAUAAGGACCAUAUAGGAUGGUUUAUUUAGAUGGUAAGUCAAAAUUCUCUGGAAAAAACUGGGUGGACAUGAGCUCGAUUAUGUUAUACAUGAAAUACUUUAUAUUCAACAGAACAAAUUUGUUUUUAGAUAUUUUUAAUGAAAAGAUCUUCCAUGCAAAUUAUCUCCAACAGGGUUUUAGAUUGCCCCCUUGGUAUUUUUUUCAUGAAUCUUUAGAAAAAUUAUCAAUUAUCUUGAAAAGUAGUACAUAAAAGAAAAGCAUGUCUUUUUUGUUGUUGUUUAUUUGUAAUAUACAAGAGAAAUGUCUUUAUGAUUUAUUAAAACUGCUGUUAAUUAUUCUGUGCCUUGUGGUUUGUUACACAUGUUUAUUCCAGAAUAGAAAUGUUUUAGUUUAUAGUUGUUUAUAAAUCUGUGAUAUUUUAUUGAAAAUUUAUUUUUACAUGACAUUGUCUGUUUUUUAAAACAGUUCAUAAUUUUACUUCAUUUAUAAAUUGUGUUUAAAAAGUUUAGCAUUAUUAAACUAAUGUUUAAUUUUAAUACAUAAUAAAUGUUAUAUUAUAAUCAAUUUGCAUACUUUUCCUAUCUAUAAAAAAACUGCUUCUUAUUAUGUGCCUUUUUUUCAUUAUUAUUUAUAAUAUUAUCAGAGGUUUCACUAUAAUGAUGUACACAUUUAAAUAUUUUGUGGUAUAUAGAUUCCUUUUUUCGAUAAUUAAAUAUUUAGUCAGAAUUUUAGUAUUUCAUUGGUUUCUUUGAAUGUUUAAAAAAUGCAUUUAGAAUUAUAUGUUUCUUGCAUUUAAUAUGUAUGAACUUUUGACUAUAAAAUAUGUUAAGUACCUCUUUUAUGACAUAUUAGAAGUGUGAAACAAAAACAAGAUAGAUAUAUAUUUUCAAAGGAUGUAUACUAGUACAAUAACUGCUGAAUUGAAUCACCUCCGUCCAUAUAUUUUAUAACAAUUUAACAGUAAUGAUUGUUAAGCUUAGAAUAUGAAGUUUAUGCACUUUGAGAAAUAAAAAAAAGAUAAUAUACUUUAUCUUUAUCAUUUAA